AUGACUGUGGUCUCUAACAACUGCUUGUCAAUUAUGAAGCAUGACAAAUACAGUAAUGAAUUUAUUGUUACCACGGAAUUAAUGUUGAAUAAUGAAAGGAUCAUUAUCGUGAAUGUGUACUUCCUGGGGAAAGCAGAUGCUGACAGAUUUAUAGACAGAUUACAGACCAUUGUUCAUGACUUCGAUGGCAUUAACAUUCUGAUGGUUGGUGAUUUGAACACCCAUUCCCCGGUGUGGGGUGGAGAAUGUUUUGACUCUAGAGGAGGUCUUUUGGAGGAAUUCUUCGCCUCCAACAAUCUAUACGUAGUUAACAACCCAUAUUCACCGCCAACUUUCACCUCAAGCAGAGGUGAGAGUUGGAUUGACGUCACUACCUGUAAUGAGGACCUUUUCCCAUACAUCAUUAAUUGGAGAGUUAUGGAAGAGGAUAGCAUUAGUGAACAUGCUUACAUAGCAUAUGAAAUUGUUGGAGCAGGGAAUAACAACAUAUCAGUUUUUAAUAACAGACGUAGAUUCGACGUCUCAAAAGCUAACUGGGAAGAAAUCCAGCAUUUCUUACAAGAACACCUGAAUGAAAACUAUUCCCAGGAUUCGAUUGAAGUCAGAUCUCAAAUUGGCCAAGAUAUAAAAACAAUAAAUACGGCUUGCAAGAAUUAUAUACCAAUAAAGAAACAUAAAAAUAGAAGCGUUCCAUAG